GCAGGAGAGGGGGCGGGCCCGGCGAGGCGGGGGCGUACCCGCCUCCGCCCCGCCCUCGGCCGCCUCUGAAACGCGGUGCGGAUAACGCCUGCGGGAGAGGCGACCGCGCGAGUAGUUCCGUUCCGAGGGCGGAAGUGCGCGCCCAGGUCUCGGCCGCGGCCCAGCCAGCAGCAUGGUUGCGCCGGUGCUGGAGAUAACUCACGUGUUUUGCUGCCCAAACCGGGUGCGGGGCGCUCUGAGCUGGAGCUCCGGGCCCGGAGGACUUUUGGCCUUCGGCACGUCCUGUUCCGUGGUGCUCUAUGACCCUCAGAAAAGAGUUGUUAUUACCAACCUGAAUGGUCACACUGCUCGAGUCAAUUGCGUACAGUGGAUUUGUAAACAAGACGGUUCUUCUACUGAAUUAGUUUCUGGAGGAUCUGAUAAUCAAGUGAUUCACUGGGAAAUAGAGAAUAAUCAGCUUUUAAAAGCAGUCCAUCUCCAAGGCCAUGAAGGACCUGUUUAUGCAGUACAUGCUCUUUACCAGAGGAGGGCAUCGGAUGUUGAAUUACAUACACUGAUAGUUUCUGCAGCUUCUGAUUCUACCGUUCGAAUCUGGUCUAAAAAGGGUUCAGAAGUAACGUGCCUUCAGACCUUGAACUUUGAAAAUGGAUUCACUCUGGCUCUCUGCUUAUCUUAUUUGCCUAAUACUGAUGUACCAAUAUUAGCAUGUGGCGGUGAUGAUUGCAAAAUUCACUUAUUCGUUCAAAGAGACGACCAGUUUCAGAAAGUGCUUUUGCUCUGUGGACACGAGGAUUGGAUAAGAGGCGUGGAAUGGGCAACCUUUGGUAGAGAUCUUUUCCUAGCAAGCUGUUCACAAGAUUGCCUGAUACGAAUAUGGAGGCUAUAUAUAAAAUCAACAUCUUUAGAAACUCAAGACGAUGAUAAUAUAAAACUGAAGGAAAAUACUUUUACAAUAGAAAAAGAAAGUAUUAAAAUAGCAUUUGCAGUUACUCUGGAGACUGUGCUGGCUGGUCAUGAAAACUGGGUAAAUGCAGUUCAUUGGCAGCCUUCAUUCUACAAAGAUGGUGUUCUUCAGCAGCCGAUGCGAUUGUUGUCUGCCUCAAUGGAUAAAACCAUGAUUCUCUGGGCUCCAGAUGAAGAGUCAGGAGUUUGGCUAGAACAGGUUCGAGUAGGUGAAGUAGGUGGAAAUACUCUGGGAUUUUAUGAUUGCCAGUUCAAUGAAGAUGGUUCCAUGAUCAUCGCUCAUGCUUUCCAUGGUGCAUUGCAUCUUUGGAAACAGAAUGCGGCGAACCCGAGAGAGUGGACUCCAGAGAUUGUUAUUUCAGGACACUUUGAUGGUGUCCAAGACCUAAUGUGGGAUCCAGAAGGAGAGUUUAUCAUCACUGUUGGUACUGACCAGACAACUCGACUUUUUGCUCCGUGGAAGAGAAAAGACCAAUCACAGGUGACUUGGCAUGAAAUUGCCAGGCCUCAGAUACAUGGAUAUGACCUGAAAUGUUUGGCAAUGAUUAGUCGGUUUCAGUUUGUAUCUGGAGCAGAUGAAAAAGUUCUUCGAGUAUUUUCUGCACCUCGGAAUUUUGUGGAAAAUUUUUGUGCCAUUACGGGCCAAUCACUGGAUCUUGUGCUUUGUAAUCAAGACAGUGAUCUUCCAGAAGGAGCUACUGUCCCUGCUUUGGGGUUAUCAAAUAAAGCUGUCUUUCAGGGAGAUACAGCUUCUCAGCCUUCUGAUGAAGAGGAACUGUUAACUAGCACUAGUUUCGAGUAUCAACCAGUGGCCUUUCACCCCUCCAUCCUUACAGAACCUCCCACUGAGGAUCAUCUUUUGCAGAAUACUUUAUGGCCUGAAGUUCAAAAACUAUAUGGACAUGGUUAUGAAAUAUUUUGUGUUGCUUGUAGCAAUUCAAAGGCCCUGCUUGCCUCAGCAUGUAAGGCAGCUAAGAAAGAGCAUGCAGCCAUCAUUCUUUGGAACACUACAUCUUGGAAACAGGUGCAGAAUUUAGUUUUUCACAGUUUGACUGUCACGCAGAUGGCCUUCUCACCUAACGACAAGUUCUUACUAGCUGUUUCCAGAGAUCGAACCUGGUCACUGUGGAAAAGGCAGGACACAAUCUCACCUGAGUUAGACCCAGUUUUCAGCCUCUUCGCCUUCACCAACAAGGUAACUGCUGUGCACAGUAGAAUUAUUUGGUCUUGUGAUUGGAGUCCCGAUAGCAAAUAUUUCUUCACUGGGAGUCGGGACAAAAAGGUGGUUGCGUGGGGCGAGUGUGACUCCAGUGAUGACUCCAUGGAACACAGCAUUGGGCCCUGCUCCUCGGUCCUGGACGUGGGCGGAGCAGUGACAGCCGUUGGCGUCUGCCCGCUGCUCAGCCUUUCCCAACGAUACAUUGUUGCAGUAGGAUUAGAGUGUGGAAAGGUUUGUUUAUACACCUGGAAAAAGACUGAUCAAGUUCCAGAAAUAAAUGACUGGACCCACUGUGUAGAAACAAGUCAAAGGUACCCAUUGAACUUUUGCCGAGUGACUGAAGAAUACGUGAAUGAAUGCCUUCUGUAUAGUGGAGAUUUUUUGCAAAUGGAGUCCAUUGCCAGAGGACCCUGGAGGGUGUAGUUCAAGGACCUGAGUAACAGCAUCACCCAGGCUCCAUGGAAACACAGAACCUCAGGCCCCAACCCAAACUUAAAGAAUUGGGAUCUGUAUUUAAUAGGCUUCCAGGCGAUUCCUGCAAGUUAAUGCCUGA